CUUGGUAUACUAUUCCUUCGUCUGAAGGAAACCAGCGAAUCAUACUUUUUUGGUGAAUUUCCUUCCUGUUGUGGUAGCGUGAGUGUUUUGAUUGGACAAUUUUGUAUCUAAUUUUGGAGGAAUUGAACGGAAAAUAACAUUGUUUCGUUCAAAGGGAGCACCAUCUUUAGAAGAAGGCAGUGCAUUGUGAAGCCGAGUGCGUAGUUUCUCUGCAUACCGAGCGGUAGGGAGAAAUCUAAUCACAGUUUGGACCGGUUUUACCGGAUUCACAGGAAGAUAACCUAUAUACUUUGUCGACGAGAUCCUGCGGAGAUAUGUUACCCUUCAGCCCUCCGAUUGUGAAACGUCUGCUUGGCUGGAAAAAAGCAUCGGCUGAUGAUUCCGUCGAAGGUAAAUGGUGUGAGAAAGCAGUAAAAAGUUUGGUUAAAAAGUUGAAGAAAUCCAGUGCUUUGGACGAACUAGAACGGGCCAUCACAACUCAAAAUUGCAACACCAAAUGCGUCACGAUUCCAAGAGCCCGCCCAGCCAAUGGUGAAAAUGGAGUUGCGUUGAGGAAAGGCCUUCCACACGUUAUCUAUUGCAGACUUUGGCGCUGGCCCGAUCUUCAGAGUCAAGCCGAACUGAAAGCAUUGGAUAUCUGCGAAUACGCGUAUCAUUUGAAAAAAGACGAAGUGUGCAUCAAUCCGUAUCACUACACUAAAAUCGACUCACAGUCGCAACAACCGUUGACGAUCCUAGUACCGAAGAACCUAUCCACAUCUCAGGGAGGCGAAGGUUCCGUUACCUAUACCUUGGAUGAUUUGAGCAAUACCGUACCGGUUAAUAUUCAGUACAACAAUGCGCUGAAUGAUAACUAUGUAACCAGUCCGCAGCCAAUACAACAGCAACCUCAGCAGCAACACCAAACAACACCGUCAUACAUGGAGGUCACAUUGGGUCAACAAAUUCCGACGAAUACCACGAUUAUGGACUCGGUGAACGUUGGAGUGAGCACUAUUCCGAACACAGAAACGCCUCCACCCGGAUACAUGUCGGAAGACGGGGAUCCUCUUGAUCAAAAUGAUAAUAUGACGGAUAUGUCACGCCUGUCACCAGCUAUGGACGCACAGCCGGUGAUGUACCACGAACCUGCGUUCUGGUGUUCGAUUAGCUAUUACGAGCUGAACCUUCGCGUCGGUGAAACCUUCCACGCUUCACAGCCUUCGAUUACUGUGGACGGUUUUACCGAUCCAUCCAACUCGGAGAGAUUCUGUUUGGGUCUGCUGUCGAAUGUAAACCGCAACGAGGUAGUUGAGCAGACGCGUCGUCACAUUGGCAAAGGCGUCCGGCUGUACUACAUUGGCGGUGAGGUGUUCGCAGAAUGUCUCAGCGAUUCUAGCAUUUUUGUACAAAGUCCUAACUGUAAUCAGCGGUACGGCUGGCAUCCGGCUACCGUGUGUAAGAUACCACCUGGGUGUAAUCUAAAGAUUUUCAACAAUCAGGAAUUCGCGGCUUUAUUGUCACAAUCCGUCUCACAAGGUUUCGAAGCUGUGUACCAACUCACACGAAUGUGUACAAUUAGAAUGUCCUUUGUCAAAGGAUGGGGCGCAGAGUACAGACGACAAACUGUUACCUCAACACCGUGUUGGAUUGAAUUGCAUUUAAACGGACCGCUACAAUGGCUGGACCGUGUUCUAACCCAAAUGGGCUCACCACGAUUGCCAUGUAGUUCUAUGUCAUAAGUAAAAGCAACCUACAAGAAGCGAGCGAAAGGAUUUUUUAAAACCAUUCUUGCGAGUGCAGCAACAGACGAGAAAUUGUGACACACUAAAAAAAUAUCAGACAAACUACAACUUCAUACCAUUUAAGAAUGUUGAAAAAAAAACAAGAAAUAUUGUAAGUGAAACGACCGAUACCAGUUUUGAUUAGAUUAGUUCUAAGUUUGGAACCAUUUGUUUGUAUAACAAUUAUUGUUGUUUUAAUAACGUUAGAAUGUCCCACAUUUCCUUCCCAAGAAUAGUGAAAUCAGUUGCGAUCAGGCCAAAUGGGUAGUCCACUUUUUCAAAACGUGUAAAGACAGCAAGAGUGCGUAUAAUUAUUGACUAAUUAUUACAAUACUUUUAUGUUGGCAGAGUCCCUAUUCUACUACUAUUUUUAUAAGUAUAGUGUUUGUGUUUUGCUUGUAAAUGGAAGAGUAUUUUUCCAACCGUACUGCUAUGAGCAUUAUAUUAAAGAAAAUCAAUCAAAUGUAGUUUCAUAAUACAACAAUGUUUGUUAUAACAUAUUUUUAUGAUACUGUUGGAGACAAACAAGACGUAAAAUUCAAAAUUUAUAGCCGUUGAUUCAAAAAUAUCGAUUCGGUUCAUUGGAGAUACUCGAAUAUAAGAGAAAAAAGUACUAAUAAAUUUGAUAAGCGAUUGGUGAUUUUAGAUUUGUGAGCGCAAGGUAGAAACGGUUUUUAUUUGAGACGUGAAUGUCAUCUGAAUGACAAAAUAAAACACAUCGUACUAUUUUCGGAAAAGGUUUAAAAAACGUUUUGCGGUGAUACGACUAUAGAAUUACGAAUGAUUAAGAAAAAAGAAGACGCAUAUAUGACGUUUGUGAUUUGAAUCAGUUGUGCUUUCUUUUGAUUCGAAAGAAAAGUCAAAUGAUUGAAAAAUUAGUAAGACAUAAUUUAGAGGUUAGUUGCUUGAAAUAAACAUUAAAAAUGCACAUUUGAA